AUGACUUCAUACAGGGGAAGGUUGUUUGUUCCACAGAGUUUAUACUGCUGGCCCUUUUUUGUUGAUGUUGGAGGAGAGGUUUAUGAUCCAGAGGCGAAUUCAUGGGUUGAAAUGCCAAUUGGCUUGGGGGAGGGUUGGCCGGCAAGACAGGCAGGGACGAAAAUGAGUGCCACCGUUGAUGGUGAAUUGUAUGCACUGGAUCCUUCUAGUUCUCCUGAUAAUGCGAAGAUCAAGGUAUACGAUUACCUAGCUGAUGAUUGGAAAGUUGUUGCAGAAGAUAUUCCAGUUCCUGACUUCACUGAAUCAGAGUCUCCCUAUUUGCUUGCUGGAUUCCUUGGGAAGCUUCAUGUGAUCACAAAGGAUGCCAAUCGAAAUAUUGCUGUUUUGCAGGUGUAUGUGCAGAACCAUGUUGCUUCCAUCUCAGAAGCUUCAUCCUCAUCACUCGUUGACCCCAUUGAACAUGCUGAACGACCAACAGAAUCAGAACUAGAUCUUUGGAAGGUAAUUGCCACAAGGAGUGCACCGGCGGCUGAACUGGUUAGCUGUCUGGUCCUUGAUAUUUGA